GCCUCGUCCUAAUCGACCGAAGGGUGGAGGCGUAGAUUCCAGUGCCGAGGUUGAUCAAAAACAGCCAGGCGCUGCAGCCAACGCUGACGUACAACCAUGAAAGGGAAGGCCGCCGUACCAACUCCCACGUCUCUGGCCUGCGCCGCUGGCACUGCGGGAUACCCGCAAGGUAAUGCGCGCAAGACCGAGAGCAAAGCCAGUGCAGCCACGACCAAGUCUUUAGCGACGGCAGGACAAGCGGCAGCUUCAAGGAUAUCGAUUCCAAAGGAUCCGGUGGGCGCCGUGAAGCCUGCCGUUGUAGCCACAGAUGCUGCUUUGCCGGGGCCGUCGAAUUCCAAGGCCAGCAGAACGUUACGAGGCGACGUUGGCAUGGUUUCUCUCGCGGCAUAUGGACCGGGGCCAUCUGGAGCGCCGGCCUCUGAGCCGACUCCCAAGGACCCCGUGAGAGCGCUUGGGAUCCCAGCCGGCUUCAAUGGCCCGGCAGGCGAAGUGCGUGGCGCAGGUCCGCCGCCGCAGCCGUCGCGUGAAAACCUGGGUUCCGGUAGGAUGCCUAGCGUGCGGUUCGACACGGUGACGGCGAUGUACGAAGGCGCGGACAUAGCCCAGAUAAGUACCGGCGGCGCCAGCUUCGCCGGCUUUCAGCAGCCGCCGAAAAAGCGCAGCCGCAUCAAGAGGCCUCCCGAACUGCCCUACCUCCGACUGCCAAAGUUUUCGCUGGCCCCGCUGCGCAUCAUCGGGCUUCUGCGACCGCGGGCGUCGCAUCCACGCAAGCAACCGACUCUGAGGGAGCUGCUCCAGGAAGCUCAGGUCAAGGAGCAGGACCGACUGAACCUGGACACCAAGGAGCGCGAGCGGCAGCUGACUCUGGUGGUGGUCGUGCUGGUCCUGUUUCUCUACUAUCUGGGAAUGACGGCGUCCGCCUACUACUUCGAGUUGACUGACAUCACGCCGGCAACGCCCGGUGGACGCCGCCCGCCGAUCGAUCUCCUGCGCAGUACAGUCAACGGGUCCAUAGAUUGAGAGGGAGUCUGCGGCCCCUUAGCGAUAAGCUGCUGACCUGGACCGUAUCACUCAACAUGUGCCGUGAUUUAAAUGAAGGGUCGUACUUGUGCACGAUGAGAGAGGGUGCCAAAAUGUCGUAAUUUUAAUGGUCAAUAUAAUGAGUGGUUCUCAAGUGCAAAAUGAAGACGCAGAACUGACUAGAACAGGCGCUAAAUUCCAUUAAAUUUUUCUUACAGCAAGGCAGUACGAUUAUAUGCAUGGGAACUGCAACGUGUCGUUUUUGUGUUCUCUUCCGCUGUCCCCGUCUUUAUUUGCGGUAGAUAUGAUACGUGCCUAGCCCCGGUCCAGCCCAGCUCGCAAAACUCUGGGUGCCCAUGCACCUCGUAUACGGUAAAGACUCCUUACCGUCCAGUAUACCGUACGGAAAAUUUUUACGUAGGGUAAAGUGCGCGCACGCGUACUAAAAGCUCUACUGCUAAAUCUUGCUGUGAUCUCAUCUCUUCACGCAGACGCUACGCUGCGGCAAAAGCAGACAGCUCCGAAAAGCUCACAGCUCGCAAGAAUAGACGCCGUGUCAUUACGGAACGGGCAGCAGUAACCACGGCUGCGCGCGCAGAAAAAAGAAAGGAAGAAAAAAAAACACGUAAAGGGAUAUUUCGAGUAUGAGCAGUUCGUUUGCAUUUCCAACUCGGAGGAAUUUACAAAGCCCCCAGUUUCCAUUUUUCUCAACUACAUAUUUAAUCGAAUAAAAGAGUACGCCUGCAGCCGUUGGGAUUAUGUCGAGCGGGCCCUGCAGUAAUUAUGAUCAAGCGUAGUUGUAGGGAAACAGUAAUUCAGAACUUCAAUGACCUUACCACUGCUGAGCGCGGGUGUUUUUUCACAGGCUAUCUGCGUGACAUCAAGUGACACACUUUUUCAAUAAUGUGGAAAGUUGGGCUAGUUGGUGAGUAAUCAUCAUACCUUGCUGGUGAAGCAGCGCACUGCCACGGACACAGUGAAGACACACAAGAGAAUACGACACUCCCUGCACUCGCAACUAUUUUAUUUCAGAACACAUACUUCAUAUUUAUAUACCUGCGCACCCUCAGGCGUCAAAGAAAAUCAAGGCAAGAUUAAAGGCAGUUUUUUAAAAAAUCAAUUGCCCGUCAUACUCGGGCGUCAAAGAUAUGGCACCUGUCUAUCAUGGUGCGCAAUCCUAUCGUAUUUGUUGCAGCCCUAACAAAGAUUUUUAUUACACAAUUUUUUUAUUUUUUUCCUUUAGUGUACUUCCAAAAAGGCAACCUCACCAUGGCUUAGAUGUACAGAUCGCUGACUGAUACAACCCUCUCCCCUCUUGUGAAUGUGAAAGGCUUCGAUUAUUUCCCUGGUUAGCUGAUCCUUAUGGUGCGAUAAAACUGUAGUAUCAUAGUAAAACGACCCGCACCCAUGUUGUGAGCAGUGCCCCUUAAUGUGGGAAUGAGUGUUUCCCCCCAACGACCUUUCGUGCUCCAAAA